AUGUAAAUAUAAUAAGAUGAAUAGCAAGAUGGUUUCGUGAGUUUUAUGUUGGAAAAAGAUGAUUCUUAAUUAAUUAAUCUUGAUUCAGCUUUUCAUUAGUAAAACAAUAAUUAGGACUAUAAUUUAUAAUUGAGCAGACAGUUUUAUGGUUAAAUAAGAGAAGGUACUUUAUGUUACUAAUAUAAAAGUGAAAAAAACUAAUCAAAUAAAUCCAGCAUUUUUGAAAUAAAAAAUUAUACAAAGAGUUAUUAUUACAAAUAAAUAAAGAGGAAAAUUGGCUGCUUCUGUACCGACAGUCAGCGAAUAAUUGCAAAAGGUAUUAGUUUUUUGUAAUUAUCUAUUCCCCUAUUAUAGUAGAUCUAAAAGCUCUUAUCGUCAAGUAAACCUAAAAUGUAACCUAACACCAAAACUAGUCUUCCAAAAAAAUUUACUAAUUACAAAAAUAUUAAUUAAAUAAAAAAUUCUAAUAUCUAACAGCAUACUUUUUAGCUGAAUUUACCAAUUACUAAUAAAAAAAUUAAUAUUUUUGAACCAAGAACUCAUAGAUUAAGAAUAGAAGAUUCUAAUCCAGAUUAAUUAAACUAAUUUACAUAAAAUUCGCAUAGAAGUACAUUAAAUAGUAGUACAAAAAGCACAGCAAAAUUAGAAAAAAAUUAAGAUACCCCUUAUCCCAUUAAAACCGAGAUAGGAGAUGAAAAUAAAAUUACUAUAUUCUAGGUUUCACAAAGAAAUAAAUAAUAAUGA